AUGCAGACUACAUCUCUGAGGCGGGAGCUGCAGAAGGGUAUGGAGCACAUUCCUGAUGACAUCCAUGCCAUAGAGAGCUUAGCCAAUACACAGAGAGAAGAAAUAACAAAAACCCACAUGAAGUCCCAGGAGCUGAUGACCCAAAUCAGCACCCUGUUUGAGGAGAUGCAUCAGUUUCUGAGACAGAGAGAAGAGGAGAUAAAGAAUGAGCUAAAGGAGAAAAAGACAGAGGCUGUAGAGGAGAUGACUGAGAAGUUUAAGGCGAUGGACCUGGCUUUGUCUGAGAGUAGAGAGCUGCAGGUAAAGGUGACAGCAGCUCUGGAAAUUUCUGACUCACUGAAGUUCUUGCAGAGCUGGACUGAAAUGAACAACAUGCUGACUCCAGAAUGUUUGUUCAGGCCCAGAGCAAAUGAUCUGCAGGUGGCCCGCACUUCUCUCAGUUUGGGUCCUUAUGAAAGUCACCUGCAGUUCUUUGUGUGGAAGGAGAUGCUUCAGGUGGUCAAGCCCCGGGCAGAGCUGCUCUUACUGAGAAGAGAAAGUACAGACGUAACUGUGUCUGAUGACGGACGCAGUUUGCUUUCUGCUCCCAAAAGCAGCCAGUCUCAGCCUGGUGUCAAAUCUGACUCUCAUCUGUAUCAUACAUUUGGCUCUGCCCGAGCCAGGAGUUCUUUGGAAUAUCGCUCUAUGGAUGCAUGGGCACACCCUGAAUUUGGCUCUACCCAUGCACCUUCAACAUUUGGUCGUUCAUCAUUUAGUGGGUGGCAUGAUAACAAUUCUUUUGCUGUCAAGACAAAACAUGCAUUCAGUGUCAAUGAGUUCAGCUCAGGGCAGCAUUACUGGGAGACAGAGGUUGGACUGAGGAAUUACUGGGAAUUAGGGGUGAAAGGUCAUUUCCUCAAGUAUGAUGGCCAAAAAUAUGUCAUCUCCAAUCAGUCCUCAGAAACAGAGCUAACAUUUACAGAUAGACCUCGAAAAGACCUCUGA